GCAGCUAACUGGGGCACGGGGCCAGCACGUCUAGCCAGCUCGAAGUGCCACGACUUCACAGCAGACCACGGAUUCUCCAGCGGAGUGAGGGGGAGAGCACUGGGAAAAAGCUAGUUAGCUAGAUAUCUGGAUAAAUAGAUAGCGUUGCACAGUAGUCAUUUCAUCCAACAGUUACAACUCUAAGCUUUUUGCCCUCUCUCCAUUCCUCUUGAAGCCAGCAGGCGUAGCAACAUCCUUGAGGUCAACUGAAAUUUAGCAAUGGAUAUCUAUGACCCCCAGACCCUUGGGAUAAUGGUGUUUGGUGGAUUCAUGGUGAUCUCUGCUCUCGGGAUUGCUCUUGUCUCCACCUUCUCCAUGAAGGAGACUUCUUAUGAGGAGGCCCUGGCUAAACAACGCAGAGAGUUGGGUAAGAUACAGCCAACUCGCUCUGACAAAAAGAAGAAAGACAAAGUGUCUGAGAAGAAAGGCCGUGGAAAGAAGAAAGAAGAAAAGCCCAAUGGAAAGAUCCCCGAGCCUGACCAAAUUCAAGAGGAAGUUAUUGAGAUGGCUGCUGCCCCAGUUGUAGCUGCUGCUCCUGAACCUGCCCCUGCUUUUGAGGUUACGCCAACUGCAGCCCCAGAACCAGCAGACGCCCCGGCAACAAUUGCUGCUGAACCAAGCCCUGCUAUUACUGAGCCCUCACCUGCACCCUCACCUAAAGAGAAAAAGAAGAAGAAGGUGGCUAAGGUUGAGUCAGCCUCCACCCAAACAGCCCCACUCGUGGCUGCCCCCGCACCAGCCAAAUCCUCCGCAGUCCAUGCAUCAACCCAGGCCCCUGUGUCUGCCCCAACUAAAGCAACCGUCCCAUCCUCUGCUUCUGCCCCAGCCAAGUCUGCCCCCGCUUCAGUUAAGUCUGCCCCCGCUUCAGUUAAGUCUGCCCCCGCUUCAGUUAAGUCUGCCUCCGCUUCAAUUAAGUCUGCCUCCACUUCAGUUAAGUCUGCCCCUGCGCCAGCCAAGUCUGCUGCAGCCAAGUCUGCUACAGCUCCAGCUAAGUCUUCACCUGCUCCAUCCAAGACUGCCCCAGUGCUGGAAGCUGUCACUAAAGAUGUCCCAGUGAUGGCAGUGCCCCCAGUGGGAUCUCAGCAGGCUCCUGCUGUUGCAGGAAAAGUACAGGAGCCCAAGAAGAAGGCCUCCAAGAAAAAGGCUGAGCCUGUGGCAGAGAUGGAUUCUGCCGAUGCUCCGCUGUACCUGCCCUACAAGGCUCUGGUGUCCACCAUCAGCAGCAUGGUGUUCAGUGAGGGAGAGGCCCAUAGGCUCAUCGAGAUCCUGUCUGAGAAAGUCGGAAUCAUUCAGGACACCUGGCACAAGGCCUGUCAGAAAGGAGACCCAGUGGCCAUGCUGAAGAAGCAACUGGAGGAGAGGGAGAAACUGCUGGCGGCAGAACAAGAUGAUACCUCUGCAGCAAAGAACCGUAUCAGAGAACUCACCAAGGAGCUGUCUGCUGAGAAGUCCAAGGUGGCCAGUGUGGAGACAAGGCUGAGUUCCCAGCUGAGUAAGAGGGAGCAGGAAAUGAUUGCUCUGCAAGCACGCAUGCAGGCCAGUUACCAGGACCAUGUAGCGCAGACCCAGGAGCUCAAUGCAAAGAACGUCAGCCUGCAGGACCAGUUAGAUAAAGGUCCCAAUGCCCAGCUGGUCCGUCUACAGCAGGAGAACUCCAUUCUCCGUGACGCCCUCAACCAAGCCACUAGUCAGGCUGAGAGCAAGCAAAACGCGGAGCUUGCCAAGCUGCGUCAGGAAUGCACAAAGUUAACCAAGGAACUCGGAGAGAAGACAGAAAAUCUGCUUGCUGAUGAGCACGUCAGGAAAGGGCUGGAGGCCAAGGUCUCCGCUACUGAGAAGCAGCUCUCCCUACUGCAGGCCGGCCAUGUGGAGAGCGAGCAGGCGUUGCAGAGGAGAAUGGAGGAGGUGUGCGAGGAGCUCAGAGCAACACAGAGCACAAACAACAGCCUGCAGGCCACUUUGGACAACGCUCAGCAGGACAGCAGCGCACUCUCAGAGUUUCAGGUGCGUAUUGGGAGUUUGGAGGCUGAGAUCAGUGAGCGCUCUGCCCAGGUGGAUACCCUCACUGCCCAGCUGGAGGAGACACAGGCAGAAAAAAGCCAGCUUGUACAGCAGGUGGCGUCCAUCGACGCACUGCUGGAGGCCAACCAGACCAAAAAGGAGGAUGAUUUCAAUCAGCAGGUGAAUGCUGCAGAAGUGGAACAGCUAAAGCUCAUCCUUCAGGAGAGAGACAACCAGUUGAACACACUCGACGAGGAACUGAAGCAACUGCAGAUGAAGCAGGAAGCUGCUGAGAACACUAUUGUGGAGCUCGAGCAAAGAAAUAAGAGUGAGGAUGACAGCCUUAUAACAUCACUUCAGGAUGAACUUAAAAACCUGAAAGAAGAGAUGGUGCAACUUAACAACACACCACAGUCAGAUAGCUCCACAGAGCUGGGACUACUACAGAACAGCCUGACUGAGAAGGAUGCCCUUGUCACAUCACUACAAGAGGAGCUGAGAGAAGUGAGAGAAAAGGCGACCAUUGAAGCACAGAGCGUUGCAGCAGAACUGACAGCAUUUCAGACUGAAACCAAAGAAACCCUCCAGACACUCUUCCCACAGAUACCCGUAGAGACAGAGCAGUCUAACUGGUUACAAGCAUACACACAGAAAGCUCAGGAGGCGCAGAGCCAGCAGAGCCAGGAGUCUCAGUCAAGCACAGCAUUGCCUGAGUUGCUCGAGAAACUGAAGGAGGCCGAGGAGAGCCAUGUCUCACUGCAGGCUGAAUGUGAACAGUACAGGACAGUCCUGGCUGAAACAGAAGGAAUGCUGAAACAUCUGCAGAAUAGCGUGGAGGAAGAAGAGCUGGUAUGGAAGUCCAAGAUGGCUAACUUGGGGGAACAGCUGAGUGUGGCUUUGGAGAAUGUCGGCAAGCUGGACGCAGAAAACCAAAGUGUAGAACAGUUGAAGGAGCAGAUGAUGCUUCUUGAAGCCCAGCUGGAGAAGCAGACAGACAACCAGGGAACCUCAGAAGAGAUGGAGCAGCUGACGCUGCAGCUGUCGGAGAGUCGGAGCCAGCUGGAUUUGGCCCAGAAGGAGGCCCAGGCACACAAGGAGGAGCUUGCACAGGUCAGAGAGCAGCUGGGCGAGGUCACGAUGCGGGCUCAGCAAGAACAGAAUGGCCCAGCUGAGGCUCAACCAAGUCAGUUUCAGAACGAGUCGAGUCAGACAACUGAGAAGCUGCACGGGGAGGUGGCACAGAGGCAGCAGCUUUCAGAAGAGUUUGUGCAGGCCCAGAAGACUAUAACAGAACUUCAGGCUCAGUUGGAUCUUCUGAAUGUUUCUGCAGAGUCACCACAAGCUGACACAGAAGAUGUCGCGCAGCUCACGGAGCGCCUGGAGAAGGAGAAGAAGCUGUCCAAAGACCUGGGCCAAGCAGCCACCAAACUCCAGCAGCUUCUCAAAGCCACUCAGGAGCAGCUGACCAAAGAGAGAGACACAGUGAGAACACUACAGGAGCACCUGGAAGGCAAGGUUGAGACAACUGAUGUGGGAGAAUACGUGGAGCUGAAGGAAGGAACUUCUGUCUGAGAGGAAGUUCACUGAAGACACUACAAAGAAAACUGCCAAAUAAGCCUUAUGAAUACCAUAGUUAUGCAUUCCAAAACUUUCUUUCUUGUACUGUAGUUGAUUGCAUUUGUUGCAACUGUAGGAAUCAAAUGUUUGAUAUUAUGAACAUUUCAAAGUAAGAUUAGAGGAGAUGAUCCUGCUACAAUCUUUAUUGAAACCCACAUUCCAUCAACAAUUCUGGCUAUGUCAGAAGUUAUUUAUCCCCCUGCCUUAUAUUCUAGACAUUUUCCCCAUAGUUCAGUGUUAAAAAGGGAAAGCGAUUGUACGUCAAACGUACAUCAACCUGUGCAAUUACUUUGUAUGUCUUUUCUAUGUGGUUGAAUGAUGGGAACAUUUUAUGGUUCAAUGUUUCAUUACCUUUAGGGCCUGCUUUCCUCUGUAGCUGGCUGUCAAUUACACACAUGGAAUUUGUAUGUAUGAAUAAACUACAGUGUAGCUCUAUAUAA